AUGAGAGCCCUGGUGGUCCUCAGUGCCUUUCUCCUGGUGGUCGUUGGCAAGGAGACGUUCGUUGGUGACCAGGUCUUACGAAUCACCAUCAUCAAUGAGGCACAACUCCACCUGGUGAGGUCCCUUCAGGACGAAGAACACUUGAAUGUUGAAAUAUGGAAAGAAUCAAAUAGCCUCUUGCUGCCAAUUGACAUCCAUGUACCAAGUGAACACACCCAAUCUGUGAAAGCGUUCCUGGAAUUCCAUGGCAUACAUUACUCAAUAUUGAUAAAGGAUCUUCAGGCACUGUUGGACGAAGAGCAGAAAGAAAUGUUGUUGUCCCAGCACAAGGAGCGCAGCACUGGGUCUUUCAACUAUGCUACCUAUCACACAUUGGAGGAGAUCUAUGAUUGGAUGGACAAAUUUGUGGCUUCAAACUCAGGUCUGGUCAGCAAAAUACAGAUUGGUACCACCUUUGAAAACCGGCCGAUCUAUGUCCUCAGGUUCAGCACUGGUGGGACUAACCGGCCAGCUAUUUGGAUGAAUUGUGGAAUCCAUGCCCGCGAAUGGAUUUCUCCAGCUACCGGCCUCUGGUUUGCCAAUAAGGUUGCCAAUGAUUAUGGCAGUGAUGCCACUUUGACUUCUCUCCUCAACACAAUGGACCUCUACCUGGAGGUUGUUACAAACCCUGAUGGUUACCGUUUUACCCACACUAAUAACCGUUUGUGGCGUAAAACCAGGUCAAGGUAUUCUGGGACCAAUUGUAUUGGAGUCGACCCAAACAGGAAUUUUGAUGCCAAUUUUGGAGGACCUGGAGCCAGUGGGUAUGCUUGCUCAUCCACGUAUUAUGGGCCAUUUGCCAAUUCUGAAAAGGAAGUCAAAGCCAUUGUUGACUUUGUCAAAAAUCAUGGAAAUUUCAAAGUCUUCAUUGAUGUUCAUAGCUAUUCCCAGUUGUUACUAUUCCCGUAUGGUUACACCUCAGUGAAACCAAAGGACUAUGAUGAGCUGAUGGCUCUUAGCAAGACAUCCAUAAGUUCAUUGGCAUCACUGUAUGGCACCCAGUAUACAUAUGGACCUAUUAUCACAACAAUCUAUCAAUCCAGUGGUUCCUCCAUUGACUGGGCCUAUGAUCAUGGUAUCAAGUAUGCUUUCUGCUUUGAGCUGCGUGAUACUGGUCGUCAUGGUUUCAUUUUACCAGCCAAUCAGAUUCUUCCAACAGCUGAAGAAACCUAUCUGGGAUUGAUGGACAUUUUCAAAUAUGCCAGUCAACAUCCCUAUUAAAUACAAGUAUUGCAACACCAAGGAUCUCAUGCAUCAAAAUUGAUUUUGUCCUACUGAAUAAAAAUACAGAACAUUAUUAUUUUUAUGACUAUUCUUUGCUAUGAUUCACACUCCGUAAACAAUCACAAAGUCUUGAUUGAAACUUUAUUCUAUAUACAUCUCAAAAUUCUCUUUUUUAAGCCACAUGUAGAUCUUGUUCAUGUUAUCUUUAUGUAAUAAAGCCACAAUUUAGAGUCAAGGGUGAUAUGUGGCCUCUGGAAUCUUAGUUUCUGUGCACAUUGGUCUGUUUUAAAAAUCAAAGUUGGCAUCAGAGGAAUCAUAUGAAAUUACAAUAUAGCCUCUCAAAUUCCCAAGAGAGGGUUUUGUUUUACACUGACACAAACUGUUGUUUUAAGAAAUGGGAAAACAGAAGUUCCACACUAUUUAGCUUCUUUGUGGAAGUGACACUUUCACAUCCAAUCCUUUUGUUUUUGGGCACCAAGCGAAUUCAGACCUGAAAAAACACAACUGGGUUCCCACAGCAAUCCAAGGAAAAGUAUUUCAAAACACUACAAUUUUCUUUAUAAAGUCACUUCUCAUAUUGAACCAACAAUCCCUUAAUUCUAGUUUCCAUCUGAAGAAAAUAACUUCUUGGCAUCAAUCAGUCUCUGAACCAAUUAGUGACAUCAUCUCAAUUUUCUGAGCUCUAAUGUGUAUAGGUCAAAUGCUAACUUACUGAUUCCUCCAAAUGUCACCUCACCAAACACUUGAAUAAUCUCAGCCAACCUUCCAUUCCCUAUACUCAAAUUCCUUUACAAGUCUUAUGGAUUUCUUGUCAUAUCUGCAGUUAUUUAAUGUAUCUCUUAAACCAGAAUACAUUGCUCCCUCUUGAUUUCAAUAUUUGCUAGGAUCUCAUCUGUUUAAAAAGGUAUUCUUUCUACUAAAGUGAAUAACCUUCUAUUCCAAAUACCACUUUCUUGUCCCAUCUUAUAUUAUCUUCUCAUUAGUAAAUUUGGUUUUGUUACCUUUUGCCAUUUCAAAUAACUUGUUAAUGGUAGUUAUGAAUAGGUGAGGCUCUGUACUUUUCCUAUUGUAACCUGGUUACACAUUCUUCCCAUCUUUAACCAAUAUUCUAUCCAGUGAUACAUUACCUCUAACCCCACGAGCUGUUACUUUCUAAUCAAAUGUCUUCUGAAAACCCAGGUACAGCACAACUGCUGGAUUCUGUUUUUCUGCCAUGUUGGUUGCAUAUUCAAGAUAGUUAUUAAAUGAAAUUUGUUUUUCAUUGCUGUCUCUGCCUAGUCAUGAUAUGACUUAAGUGCUCUGUUAUGCUCUUAAUAAUGGAAUAUGCCAUAUUAUUGCCUUCCAAUGUCAGGAUAACUGAUCUGCUUUCAUGGUUUCACACUUCUCUUUUCUCUGCCUUUAAAUGCAGAGUUUCAUUUGCUCCCUUCUAAUCUGUUCGAGAAUUAAGGAAUUUUGGAAAAUCAUCACAGUCAGAGAUGGUGAACCUUUUUGAGCAUUAGUGCACAAAUAGGCAAUAAUCUUCUAAAAAAUUCUCUCGUACCAUGGAAAUUUUCAACAGAGGUUAUUAUUAAUUAAUGGAUUAGUAACAAUAAUUCAGGACCUGAAGUAAAAAGGUUGAGUCCUGUUGCUUAUUUAGAUAUAUUUAUUGUUUUACAAUUAGUAACAGAUACAGAUUGAUAUGACAUUUUAGAAAACCUGUUUAAAAUUUAUUAAUAUUGUUAUUGUACCUCAUGUACGACAAAUGUAAACAUGUAAUUAUAAGCUUUGGUGCAUAUUUAUAAACGAUAAGGAAAAUAAACAUACUUAACUCUCAGACUUGGAGGCUUUUUCCCAAGGCUGAAAUGGCUAACACGAGAGGGCACAGUUUUAAGGUGCUUGGAAGCAGGUACAGAGGAGAUGUUUUUUUAAGCAGAGAGUGGUGAGGGUGUGGAAUGGGCUAUCGGCAGCAGUGGUGGAGGCAGAAAUGAUGAGGGUCUUUUAAGAGACUCCUGAAUGGAUACAUGGAGCAUAGAAAAGUAGAGGGCUAUGGAUAAGCCUAGGUAGUUCUAAGGUAAGGACAAUUUUGGCACAGCCUUGUGGGCCAAAGGGCCUGUAUUAUGCUGUAGGUUUUGUGUUUCUAUCAUAUCUUUCAAAAGGUUCAAAGGCUGAACCCUCCCUAUCAAUGUAUCCUAGGUACUCUUGUCACUCAAGCACUACCCUUUAGCUCUCACCAUGGUGCUGAGCCAGGGUAUCACCUAAUCUAAGGAUUGUGACUGCCUCUUUGAACAAGUUGUCCAGGCAACUCUCCCUUUCAUGUCUGAAGGUCUGAUUCCAAGCUAACGACUUUGAGCUGAAGUUUCUGAAGAUGCGAACAUUUACUGCAGAUGUGGCACCUGAGAUCCCAUUAAUCUCCACUAUUAGCACAUUCUAUGUUUUAUAUUAACUGAAAUUUGUAUUCAGUUGACACUUGGCUCAUCUUAUCUACUUUUCAGUCUGUUUCAGAACAAAAAUAAGCCAACACAAUAACCAAAACACCAUUUUGAAUGCUCACUAAGUUACAAGAGCCAGCACAAAUAUUUGAGCGACAAAACCAUACCUCUAUUCCCAAAUGCACAGACGGCGAAUAGCCACAUUAAUCAAACUUCCACAUUAACACUGUACACAUGUAACUAUAUUUUCUGGACGUUUUCUUUUUUUUUAAAAAAAGGUCUCUAGCUUGGAUUAUGUAAUUCAAGUACAGCACAAAUAACAGCACACAGGAGAGAUUGGCUGCCUCAGUACCACACCAAAUUGAAUUUCCGUACUGAGCCAAGUGAGUAAAUCACCCUUUGGCAAUGGACCAUCUGGUUCUCCUAAUGGAGGCGACAAGUCUGAAAUUAGUUGGCUAGGACAUAUAUUAAAAAAAACUUAAAUUAAAAGAUAAAAAGUUUGUUCAAUGGCCAUGCACAUUUUUGUUCAAAAUGUAAAACACAUGUUUUAUUUAAAAAUAUAGAUUCUUACUUUAAAACUAAAACAGCACAAGUCUCAAUCAUCCAGCUUUCACCCAACGUGCGAGUGAAUACAUCAGAACAAAAUACAAAAGAUACCAUGUUCAUCUGAAAGUAAACUGUGCAUUUUAUAUCCAUCAUAUGACUAUAUGGUCAGAUUCUGAACAAUAUUUUGAUUAUUAGGGUGGAAAAACCCCUGACAAAGUACAACCGAGAUCAUUGACAAACUCAUAUUGAAGCUAUGUCAUGCUGUUACAUUCUUUUGAUGAUUAAAGGGAGGAGAUUUAACAUACAGUAUAUCCACAUUCUCUGUGAAGGCAGUAGGUGUAAAUGAUAUAAGUAUCAGAAGCUAUGCAUCCCUUUCCCGUAUGAUUGUUGUUUGCCCUUCGGAGUUGAAGAUGACCACGACUUCUGUCAGGUGGAGGGUUUGUGACUGUGGGUCCAGAGGUGACAGGUGAGGCCAAUCCGGGCCCUGAAAGCUCGCCCAUAUGUGGGACACAUGAGGGUAGGUGCUGCAGUGCAAGUGGAGGUAGCUCGAGCCUUGCACAUGGCAUGUUUCCUCUGAGCCUCUGUGGUGCGUCUGAUUUCUGCUGCAUACGCUCCUUUAGUGGUCCUGCUCCACCAGGUCGGGCGGUCCAGAGCAAGCAAUUCCCAGCUACUGGGAUUGAUGUUGAGGUCUUUGAGGGACACUUUGAGUCAGUCUUUGAAACGUUUCUUCUGCCCUCCAACUGAAUGCUUGCCCUGGCUCAGCUCUCCAUAUAGCAGCUGUUUUGGUAGUCGACUGUCAGACAUCCUGACGACAUGGCCAGCCCAUCUGGCUUGGGCUUUGAACACCCAUCUGGCUUAGGAGGGUGUCGACACUGUGGGUGCUAGUCCCGUCCUGUAUGAUUACAGUUUUAACAAUAAUCAAGACUCACUGUCCAGGACAAAGAGGCCCACUUAUUUGAGAUACUCAGCAAGUUAAACAUUCACUUCAUCCACCACCAACAUGACAGUACUGAUGAGUUACAAGAUGUUCCACAAGAACUCCACAAGGAUGUUUUAAAAUGGUUUCUCUUGAACCUGUGACUUUUGCCAUCUAACUGGGCAGCAGGAAAACAGAGAAAAGACUAGAAUUCCCUUACAAAAUACUUGCAUCAAGAUUUAGACAUAUAUCACCAUUACUCCAUCAAUGCCAAGUCAAAAUCCUGAAAGUCCCUUCAUCUGGUCAAUAAGAGAUUAGUAAUAGACACUGUUCUUGCCUCCAUAUCCAAUAUACCAUAAAUGGAUUAAAAACAUUGUACACUAUUAUAUCCAUUGAAGAACAUUUGCAUUACUGGAAAGAUGAAAGUAGUAGCACAAAAAAAAGCAUAAUUGAUUAAAAUUCAGUUUAAGAUUGUUCCUAGAUUUGAUUGCUGAUCUGUAUUGUUUGCUGUAAAUUAUAGUGGGUAAGGUAAGGCCAGUACAGCUGGCAAUAUCCCUUAAGACAGAUGUCAGAGUUUGUGCACGUACAUCAUCAGUGCUCUGUAUGGACAACAGUUUCAGUGUCCUGGUUCUAAAUCUCAUGGGUACCACACUUUAGAAAACAAGACUUGGCGAUAACACCAUUGGAUUCCAUAAUCAUUACAAAAUGGGUUCUUGCUUUGAAAUUCUCUUCUCAUUUCGAUACCAUGUGCUAGUUUUGUUAAUCAUUGAGGGGGAAGUCACAUCCCCUGUUUUCUGACUAUUCAUUUCCACUGAACAUAACUGCUAGUAAGGAUUUUUAUACGAUUAUACUUAAGAAAUAGAAAAAUUAGUAGCAUUUUCUAAACUUUUGUCAUGGCAAUGAGUCAGCACAUGACUAAAAAAGACCAAUGCCAGCUAGAAAAAUACAACUUUGAUUCAUAACGUAUAAAUCUACCAGUACUGGUACACUUGCAUAUUUCCUGUGCACAUCUGCCUUUUCGACACCUUUAGCCAGAAUUGCUAAAUAAUGGCUGAUUUACUGAAAACAAGCAUGCAAGAAGGAAAACUGUCUUCUUGGUGCUAGCCUUCCAGCUCCAAAUUCAGGUAGCACAGAGAAAGAACAUGCAUAUAAUUUC